GGCACUGUGCGAGCUCCCAUGUACUCCUCCGUAAGACGCACUGCUAUGUCCUUCCGCACAUCUGCGAGGACAUAACUAGUUGGUGCCCCCAGGGCUGCACAAGAUGGACGUGGAAGUCUGCGAGCAUUCUGCCUCAGCUCCGACACACCAUUCCCCAACCACACGCUGUAGCAGACUGCACGCAUCAUGCCUUGCGUACAUGCCGCCGCCGAGACGGACAAGUCCUUUGUUCAAAUCGCAAACGCCGAUAUUGAGGAGCUCAUCAAGCAACUGACCCUAGAUGAGAAAGUUGCCCUGCUAACGGGUGACGAUUUCUGGCACACCGUUCCAAUUCCCCGGCUCGGGAUCCCAUCAAUACGCCUGUCUGACGGCCCGAAUGGCGUCCGUGGCACCCGCUUCUUUGGCAGCGUGCCAGCAGCUUGUCUGCCCUGUGGUACGGCCAUUGGAGCGACAUUUGAUGAAGAUCUCGCUGUUCAGGUUGGCCAUCUGCUAGCGGCAGAGGCCAAGGCCAAAGGCGCCCACGUUGUCCUUGGCCCGACGAUAAACAUCCAGCGAGGUCCUCUGGGAGGGCGGGGGUUCGAGUCGUUCUCUGAGGACCCGCUGCUGUCAGGAACAAUAGCAGGUCAUUAUUGCAAAGGCUUAAAGGAGGAGAACAUCAUUGCAACGCUCAAACACUUCGUAUGCAAUGACCAGGAGCAUGAGCGAAUGGCUGUCAAUUCCAUUCUCACCGACCGGGCGCUGAGGGAAAUCUAUCUUCUGCCAUUCAUGAUCGCAAUUUCUCUGGGAAAGCCCGAAGCCAUAAUGACGGCAUACAACAAGGUAAACGGGCUUCAUGCAUCGGAGAGUUCAACACUUCUUCAAGACAUCUUACGUGAAGAAUGGGGAUGGGAGGGUCUGUUGAUGAGCGACUGGUUUGGAACAUAUAGCACAUCCGAGGCCAUCAACGCUGGACUCGAUCUCGAAAUGCCAGGGCCGACAAGAUGGCGCGGCAGUGCUCUGUCACAUGCCAUUACCGCAAACAAGAUUCCCAUGGCGACGGUCAAUGCCCGUGUUCGUGCUGUGCUGCGUCUGGUCCAGCAAGCCAGCCGAUCGGGUAUUCCUGAGCGUGCGCCGGAGUUGCAGCUGAACCGUGCCGAGGAUAGACGGCUACUCAGGAAGAUCGCCUCAGAGGCAGUUGUCCUCCUGAAGAGCGAUGACGGCAUUCUGCCUCUGGACAAGACCAAGAAAAUAGCCGUCAUCGGUCCUAAUUCCAAGAUUGCUACCUACUGUGGAGGGGGCAGUGCAGCGCUCAAUCCCUACCAAGCUGUAACUCCCUUUGAGGGGAUUUCGAACUCGGCUUCCGGCGGCGUGGAGUUCGCUCAGGGGAUAUACGGACACCAAAACCAACCCUUGCUGGGGACGCGCCUGCGGACUCAGGAUGGCCGUACUGGAUUCACCCUGAAAAUCUUCAAUGACCCUCCCACCGUAGCGAACAGAGUACCACUCGAGGAACGACACGAGACGGACUCGAUGGUAUUCUUCCUUGAUUACAACCACCCAGAGCUGCAACCCGUGUGGUUUGCAGACGCGGAGGGAUACUUUGUCCCAGAGGAAUCCGGCCUAUACGAUUUUGGCCUUUGUGUGCAAGGGACGGGCAAGCUCUAUGUGGAUGGAAACCUAUUAGUCAAUAACGCUGAUGUACAAAGGCCGGGGUCUAGCUUCCUUGGGAGCGGCACCAUGGAAGAAAGAGGCACGUUGGAGCUCACGGCCGGUUGGCAGUACAAGAUCCAUGUGCAGUGGGGGUGUGCUAAAACCAGCACGUUUAAGGUCCCCGGGGUAGUCGACUUUGGUCACGGUGGCUUCCGAUUCGGCGCCUGUAAGCAGCUCUCGCCUUCUAAAGGCAUCGAAGAGGCAGUGCAGCUGGCUGCAUCGGUUGAUCAGGUCAUACUCGUGGCUGGUCUGAGUGCGGAAUGGGAAUCAGAGGGCGAGGAUCGUACGAGCAUGAGCCUGCCGCCACAUACAGAUGAGUUGAUCUCUCGUGUACUGGAGGUGAAUCCAGACACUGUUGUCGUCCUUCAAAGCGGAACUCCCGUGGAGAUGCCCUGGAUUCAAAAGGCAAAGGCAGUGCUUCACGCCUGGUAUGGCGGUAACGAAACUGGCAACGGCCUUGCGGAUGUCAUCUUCGGCGACGUAAACCCGUCUGGCAAACUUCCACUCACGUUCCCCCGCCACGUCAAACACAACCCCACCUAUUUCAACUAUCGAUCUGAGGGUGGUAGAGUCCUAUAUGGUGAGGACGUAUAUGUCGGUUACCGGUUCUAUGACGAGGCUGAGAUCGAUCCGCUGUUCCCUUUCGGCCAUGGUCUCUCGUACACAACAUUCGAACUAUCGGGGCUGUCCCUCGAAAGGGAGGCAUGUUCACUGCAAGCCACGUGCACGUUGCGUAAUACCGGAUCCAGAACUGGAGCGGAGGUGAUACAGCUGUAUGUCACCCCGGUCUCGCCGCCAAUCAAGCGGCCACUGAAGGAGCUAAAGGGUUUCCGAAAAGUCUGGUUAGAGCCAGGUGAGGAAGAGGUGGUGCAGAUUCCGCUGGAUCUUGUCCGUGCGACAAGCUUCUGGGAUGAGAAGAGCAGUAGCUGGUGCAGUCACAGUGGUACAUAUCAAAUAAUGCUUGGAACCAGUAGCCGUGGGACGUUCUUGGAGGACUCCAUUGAAUUGAGUGAGACCACUUUCUGGUCGGGACUCUGAGUGGGGCUGGGUAGCAAGAAAUAGCACGCUGCCACUAUUAUGAACGACCUUUUAUUCGAUCUGUAUCUAUCCAGGUUUGUAGAUGCAUUGUGACCAUGCUUUCGCUACUGUCUAUGCGGGACAGGAUGUCGGUUGACUGUCGUAGGUACUCGGUUGCUCGCUCCGCUUCCGGGCCAGCAGGAUGAAAUGGGCAAACCAGCAGGCCCGCCGCGAUAUCACGCACUUUGUGCGCCAAAUGUAGACCGUUCG